AUGGGUGGUGGUCAUAACAUCACUACAGCACCUACCAACCCCAUCAUCAAUACCGCAGAAUCCAUUCUUACCCUACCUCUUGUUGGAAACAAGAAAGCACCGAAGAAGUUCACUGGAGAUUACAGAGAAGUCUCAAGGUUUAUCAGACACUUUGAAAGGUUGUGCCAACAACAUGACAUCACUUCAGACCAAGACAAGUGCGAGACUAUUAGACUCUACUGCUCUACAAGUGUUGUUGAGUUCAUUGAAGGAUUGAAGUCAUUUAUUGAUGGACAGUGGGAUGCAUUGAAGAAGGAUCUAGAGAAGUACUAUGAUGCUGCUCUCUAUACUCAGCGUUUCAAGAAGAAGGAUCUUACAGAGUUUGUGAAGAAGACCAAGUACAAGCGUAUGGGAGACCUAGCAGCAUGGUGGAGAUAUGCUAGAGAUUAUAUCAAGAUUGGUGGAUGGUUAAAAGGAAAAGGUAAGAUUACUGAAGAUGAAUUGAAUACUUACUUCUGGGCAGGUAUUGGACGUGGUCUGCGGUCUAGGAUUGAAGCAAGACUGCUUGCAUCUCAGCCCACUAGGGAUAACUCUAAACCCUAUCUUAUGAAGGAGGUAUCAGAUAUUGCGGAAAAAAUUCUGCAGAGAGAAAAAUUCGACGAGUAUGUGGAAUCGGAUGACAGUGAUGAAUUUGGAACAGAUUGGUCUGGCGAUUCAGAAUCUUCAACAGAAGAGAGCACAGAUGAGGAUAUCAGGGUAGUCGAGGCAAGGAAAGCCAAAGCAGAGAGGAAGAAGAAGGAAAGUAGGAAGAAGGUUAGAUAUGAGAGGGAGCAUCAAAGUCGCAUGAAGGAACCAAGAAGUGGGGAAGAGCGCAGACCAAAAAGAAGAGGUACACCACCUCCUUCUGCUGCGAAACUAAGACAGAGUGAACAACAGGACGAGAUUGAAGAACUCAUCAAGCAAAUGAGCAAGAUGAACAUCAAUGAUCCAACUUAUGGCUUAGUCUAUUAUAGGGCAUUAAAGCUUGAUCCAACAGUUGCGGCAGUCGUGCGGGCUCCUAGAUUAGAUACACCUCCACCAUCAAUCUUGCCAGAUCGUAGAGCUCCUGCUAGAGAAGCACCACCCCAUAUGAUGUCAGGAAUUUCUCAGCCAAAUUUCCCACCUGCUAGACCACCAAUCUCUGAAAUGAUUUGCUUUGGCUGUGGUGAAAAGGGCCAUGGAAUUUCAAACUGUGCUAAAGUUGCAGAACUAAUCAAGGAUGGAAUGCUUGCUAGGGAUAAUGGAGGAAGACUUACUCAUGGAAAUGGAGCAAGAAUCCAAAGAUUCAAUGGGGAAUUCAUUAUUCAAGCUGCUGAACGUGAAAGGAAUCGAUCAACUAGAAGUAAUCUGAUCACCAUUGAUGGAGGUUCAAGCACACCCAAUCAUCAUUCCUAUCACACAGCAAGGUUCACUUCAGAUCUGGAUUCAGAAUCUGAUUCAGACGCAGGUUCAGAGGAUGAAAUCUAUAUGGUACAGCAGACAGAAGGCAGCUUAUGGGAUGUAUAUCCAGUCGAAAGGACAGAGAAGACUCUGCACAAGAAAAGAAAAAUGGAGUUUGACGGAGUAUACCCACCACCCAGAAAUAAAUCUCAAGCUAAAGAGAAACAGAAAGAAAAGGAAGAAAUUCCUAGGCCGAUCGAAGUAACUAGAAUUCCUGGAGAAAAGGUUGGUCAUCCUCAGAGGUGGAAAGGUAAGGAACCUGAAAGAAGAGGAGUGCAAUGGGAAGAAACAAGAGGAAGGAAGGAAGAAGAAGAAGAAGAAGAGGAAGAGUUACCUUCAAUUAAAGUGCACCGCGAUAGUGAUGGAGCAAGAAGAACUCAACAAACUGAGGGACCAGGAAGUCGGGCAAGUAUGCCUGAGAAUGUGCUACCACCAAGAAUGAUGGAGCCAAAACGUAGAAAGGUGGAGAUCACACCAAUAGAAGAACCAAUGAGGUUUGAUCCCAACAAUGAUGACGAUUUUAUUAUGGAAGAUGCUACACAAGGUACUACAAAAGAGGACAAAACCAAGAGAAAUCCUGCUAAGAAGAGGACACCUCGGCAGUCGGUGAUUUCCACUAUCGUAGACCCUAUGGCAGUGCUCGGACAAAUCUUGCGGUCACCAGUUCAGUUGCCUGUCGGAGAUAUUUUAGGCUCGUCAAAAGAACUGGCUAAUCUGCUUACCAAAAAUCUGCGGCCGGUUACAUCUUCGGAGGUAGAAGGAAAGUCUCUGAUGGCCAAAAGGGAUCAACAGGAAAAUUCAAAAGGAAAGGAAAGAAAUACCUUGGAGAAUGAAUCGACAGAUGAUCAGUCGCAUAGACCAUUGAUCAAAAUACCAGUUGAGAUCAAUGGCAUAAUUCUUGAAGGAAUAUUUGACACUGGUUCGAACAUCAACAUAAUCAGUAAAGAUGCUUGGCAACGAGCUGCGCGUUGGCCGAUGAAUAUGAAACGAGGGAUAACAAUGAAAGAUGCAAACGGAGGUGAAGGUUACUUACCGGGAAUGCUAGCAAAUGUUCCGCUCCGAUGCGGGAAUAUUCAAACGCGUGCCGAUUUAUUUGUGGCGCCGCAUGUGUCGUUUGAGCUCCUGCUUGGUAGGGCCUGGCAAGAAACUAAUCUAGUGGCUCUAGACGAAUUACGAGAUGGUACUUACCUUUUGUUCAAAGAUCCAGUAUUUUGUGGGACCGCGUCGGGGCCCGAGUGUGAGUACCACUGGUAUAAAUGGAGCUGCCAAGAAUAA